AUGAGUGAUAAAGUGAUUAGGUUUAGAGCUGGUAUAACAGAUUUUGAUCCUGUAACAAAAAAUUGUGUUCCAAAGAGUGUACAGGGGACAAUUACGAUAAAACCGAAUGAGGCAGAGGAAGAAUUAGGAUUUUAUGAUUUUGAAUGGGUCCCUGUAGACGUAACUGCUGGAAAUAGAUAUCCUGAGAUCAAAUUGAUCUUAAUUCCUGGGGAAACGUGCUGGGUACCUAUUGAAUCAUCUCCUGAUGGUAGAUUUUUCGCUUUGGUGUUCUCAUCUAAUGAAAAAUACAUAUUUUGGUUACAAGAAAAGAAUAAGGAAUCAGCAAACUUGAAUGAUCUGACCUCAAAGGACAAGGAAAUUUAUGAUAACAUGAUAAAAAUACUGAGCAGCAGCGAUGAAGCUAUGAAUUAG